AUGGAAAUUGACGACAUUCUCCGCGAGGUUGAUCCCGACUUUGAUGCGCUGCCGUCGGAGAGACGCGACCUGCAGCUCCUGACGCGCGCCUGGGUUGCGGAGCGCUCCGCUCCCGAACUCCUCGAGUGGCCAUCAGACGGCCUUUUCGAGCGCGUCAACGAUCGUAUAAAACAGCAGAUCGAACAUGUCGAGGACAUGACCGGAAAUAUGGAUCCAAAGACCAAUUUUGCUCUCAUAGUUAUUCAGACGGAAUUGGAGAGGUAUAAGUUUCUAGUCAGAAGCUAUCUCCGUGCAAGAAUGGCCAAGAUCGACAAGCAUACUCUGCACUAUCUAUCGACGCCGUCCCUUCGCAGCAGACUUUCUGGAACCGAACUAGCCUAUGCCACCAGGCACCAGGCCUUGUUGCAUAACCACUAUCUAUCUUCGUUCCUGGCAUCAUUCCCACCUGCCCUGCAGAACCUCAACGACACGGCCGGCAACAUAAGCAUGAUCGAUACCCCCGAUUUGGACUCAGCAGUCUUCAUUAGGUUGCUACGUGACGCCUUUGUAGAGGGCAAGGGCACAGACUCUGACGGGGCCAUGGAAGGCAGAGAUGGGGACAUACUCAUCCUUCGGUGGUCAGAUGCCAAACAUUUGGUCGACGAGGGCAACGCGGAACUGGUCUGA